AUGGAAGCAAGCUCCAUGGCCGAUUACACUAGACAGCUGGUGGAGCUACCUGAGCAGUUUGAGUUCAUGGUUGAGUCAGUUCUGCUGGACAGAGAUGGCUGGCUUAGGGAAGACUCACCUGCGGCCCUGACCCUUGUGCCGUGUCAGGCUCACAGCUACUAUGAAGAGAAAAUGGCCUUUUGGGAGCAGCCUUAUAGCCUGGACUUCACUCCUCUUCAGACCUUGGCACAGCAAGAGUUUUUCACCAAGCCAAAGUUCAGCUACCUAAUUGAGCCCACUGACUGCCUCUCUGCUCCCUGGGAUGUCAUUCUCCUAGAUAUGCACACUCUGCAAGUCAAAGACCUGGAGGAAAUAAAAGGUCAGUUUCAGUUCUGUGUGGAGAAGUGUUUUUUUUUCAAUGGAUUCAUGGCCUGGUUCAUGGCUCAUUUUGAGAGCCUGGAGACAGGAGGGUCAACAGUGGAGCUAAACACAGGGCCUCAUGCUGAGCCGACACACUGGAAGGACUCUCUCUUCAUGCUUGACAAACAAGAAAGUGUGUAUGAAGGGGACACCAUCAGUGGAAGCAUUGUCCUGCGCAGGAACCCUGUCUGGAGACGCCACAUGACUGUUAGCCUGCACUGGAACAUAAAAAGCAGCACAGAGGCAACAGAAAACUGCAAGGCAAACAUCAUUACUUUACAUCAGGCUGUAUAA